AUGGCUUCCAUUUCGGUCUCUGGUGCUUCUCUCGUUUCUACACACCCAACAACGAGGAUGUUGAAGCAUCACCCUAUCCUCAACAUCCCAUUCGCGAAUCCAUCUUUAUUUUCUCGGAAGAUUGAUUGGUCGACAUGCCGGUCCUCGAGUUACAAAACCCGAGUUGCUAGCAUGUCGACAACCACGUCUCCGUCUCCGGUAGGCGGCAAAGGUGACCGAAAGCUAAUCAACGUGCGUCCGAAUGAGGACGUUGUUAAAGUUUCACCGUGGGUUGAGUACUUACCCCAAGAAAUUCAGCCUUACGCUAAGCUUGCUCGUGUGGAGAAGCCUAUCGGUACAUGGCUACUGCUUUUUCCAUCGGCUACGUUGGCGGCAUCCAUCGGAAGCCUCCCUGAUCACAAGACUUUAGCUGUAUUUGCUUGUGCAUGUCCACUUUUGAGGGGUGCUGCUUGUACCAUUAAUGAUUUCCUUGAUCGUUACUUUGAAAAACUGGUGGAGCGUACAAAAUCGAGACCGAUGGCAAGCGGCGCUGUCACACCGUUUACAGCUUGA